CUAAAAUGAAUCACAACGGAGAUUACAUGUCCUUUAUGGACAAAAACAUUGGACUCACUACAGUAGAGAAUUGGGACAACCAUAACAAAAAAGUUCUGAAAGGCGACAUAAUCGGAGUAACAGAUUCGAACACUUCAAUAACAAAGAACUGUAUUGUAAAAGUAAAUCAGGCGUCUUGUGAGAAUUUCGCUGAUAGCACUGACCAAUUGAAACAUAGAACGAGACACAUAAACUACUGGAAAUCAGAACUAGAAAGAGCCAUACAAGACAUCGACGCUGAAAUAAGAAUACUGGAAGCUCUGAGACAACAGCUAAAGAAUUCAAUGGACAUACUGAACGUACCUGAACAGAUAAACGACGAGUGCUUGAACAUAAGAACGAAUAGAAUGCAAUCAGAUUUGGUUUACGAUGAUCCACAGGAUCAACUGUUCAAAGAAUCAGUAUUGAUACAAAAUAUAAAGAGACUUCAUAGAGAAAUGUUAAAUGAAAUAGAAUACCAAAUGAAACUAAACGUAGCAGCGAAAACUGCUCUAGAAGUGGAUUGGGGAAAUAAAUUUUUAGCAUUCAAAUAUGAAGACCACAAUUCUCAAUUAAAAACAAAAGCGGCAGCUGUAAAAGAUUCUGCGGGAGCUACUAAACUAUCUGAAGGACAAUCAGAUGUACAAUCUUGGGAGAGAUACACCCUAUCAGCUUUAGAUCAAUUUAAGAACGCUAUGGAAAAAUCUAAGUGUCUACGUGAAAAAGUUGACGCAGCCCUGAUUAACUCUGCAAGGGAUUUGAGAACGCAAGACGUAAAAGUAAAUGAGGCAUUGAGUGCUAGAAUCGGUCAAACAGAGCGAGUUAAAAUUGAACUCGAAAAUCAACUGCGUUUAACGCUAGAGAAAAUUGCUGAAACUGAGAACAUUCUGGAAACUAUACACGAAGAAAUUCUGAAAGUGACGCAAAGAAUUCAGGUUGGACAGACGCGAUUGAACGUUAAGAACUGUAGACCCGAUGUGGAGAAUUGUAGAGAAGGGUCUUUGAUCAGUUUAAUUGAAGAAAUAGGAGAAUUGAACGCCAGUCUGAGUUUGCUCCAGAAAAGGGCAUUAGAAACUGAGAAGCUUCGAGCAGAACUGAUCCACGAAAGAUCAAAGAUAGAGAAUGAAAUAGUCGUGAAAAAGAAGUCAUUACAUAUAGAUAAUGAAAGGUGUCUCUUUCUGAGGUCAUACUACCAGUCGGCCGAGAAAAUGUGUGGCUUUUAA